UUAGGAAUACAAUAAAUCAGGCAUCUCUGCUAAAACACGAUUGUCAAAAUGAAGAAAAAUUUUUCUUCUCAAUAUUGAAGUUUACCAAACAAGACACAAGAAAAAUCGUUAACUAGAAAACGCAAAAAAAUAUUCUUGAUUUUAUGCAGUUUAACAACGUAAAAACAUGUUACACACCUAAAAAAAUGUAAUUUUAUUACAAAACUGAGAUAUUCAUUUAUAAAACUACAAGUGCAAAUACAAUAAAAGAUAAAAAUCCAAGUGUUUUUAAUCGUGCACAAAAUCGAAAAAACGCUGCAGAGAAAAAAAGUGAACUCCCCCAAUAGAGAAAAAACCAAAGGAAUUAAAAAAAAACGACCUAAAGCAAUUUGUUAUUCAUAAGUUUUUGUUGUGAAAAAAUCUAACAAGUAAUUCUGCAAUUAGUCUACAUAAGAAGGAAAGCUACGAGAUAUUUCUUCAUAUUUUAUUUUUUUUUGCUGGUAGUUGCCACUUACGCGUCACGCAACAAUUAUAUUUCAAUUUGUAUGUAAAAAAAAGUAAUAGUGUGUGACUGAUACAACCAACUAAUACCAAGGAAGGAGCAAACAAUAUUGUCAGUAAAAAUCCAACAAAAUGUUUUGGGAUACAAAGGAUCCGCCUUCACAUAACAUAGAGAUUCUGCUGGAAUCACCGGAUACCAAAGUUGAGGUGUUUUUGGAUGAGGACAACAUUAUACAAGAAUGUAAAACUCUUAAGAAAAACAUUGUUAACUAUUUUACUCGUCCUGAUGUUAUCAGACGUUUGAUUGAGUUAAUAACUACAGAACCUCCAGAGGAUGUACCUCUAUCUGAACGUUUUCGUCAUGCUAAUGUUGCUAGUGAAAUUUUAACAAUGGGCCUGCCGUCCUUAGACGAAAAAUUACUCGCCGAUACAGAUACAUUAAACAUGUUAUACUCAUAUCUGGAAAAUGAACCACCGUUAAAUCCCUUGCUAGCAUCAUUUUUUAGCAAGACCUUUAGCAUGCUCUUUACUAAAAAGUCUGAUCAAGAUUGGUUUUUGUAUCAACAAACGUGCCUACAACUUUUGGAAUAUUUAAAAACGAAAAGUAGUUUUUUGGAUUUGAUAUGCAGACAUUUCAGUACGCCCAUCGUCCCCGAUCUCAUAAUGGAAAUGAUGCGCAACGUCGAGGGUGGUCAACUGAAGAGAAGUUUGUUUGAGUGGCUAAAUAAUGAAAGACUGGUUGAGAAACUUAUUGAAAUUAUUGGUGAUCCUGAACAAAGUGAGAAGCACGUUAAUGUUGCUGAUUUUCUCUGUGAUCUUAUACAUCAGGGACGUACAAUGCGUCAAGAUGUUGAUAAUUUUGAACCUGUUUUUGAGGGUUCUAAUCCUAUAUUAACAAAUAUUGAGAGUGCUACCACUUUAUUAGCCUUGUUUAAUGUGAUUUUGCAACCAAAUGCUGUAGAGAGUGCAAUUGUGUCCGGCAUAGCGGUUGUACUCAAGAUAAUUAAACCCGUCAAAGUAACGGAUGAACGCAAUAUGGAACGCUUGAUAUGCUUACUGGAUCGUGAGCAGAAAAUUCAUGAUGAAUUUUUAACAACUGUGAUUCGUGUUAUUGAACCUCAACUAAAACAAUUUAAUGAAUUGCUUAAGAACCCGCCAAAAAAACCUGAUAUUCUUACAUCGGCAGCUAAUUUAUCGCCACCAUUUGGUAUGACACGUUUACAAAUUUGCCGCCUCUUUACUGUAUUAUUGGAAACCAAAAAUGAGGAAAUCGCCAAAGCUGUCUGCGAGACAGAUUUCCUUGAUAUUUUGCUAUCACUGUUUAAGGAAUAUUGCUGGAACAACUUUUUGCACAGCGAAGUCGAAAAGUCGCUUCACACUAUAUUCCCACAAUCUGCAGUUUCCAACGCAAAUACCAACAACAACACAACGCUUAUAAAUGAUGGCUCAAAAGAUAAUAAAGACAACAAUAAGACGAAUGAUCUCAACGAACUCCUAGAUGCUGUGUUGGACAACGUCAAAUUAGAAACUGGACUUGAUGAAGAUGAUACUAAAACUUCAGAUAAUAGUACUCCGUCCGCCAUACAAAUUCAUGCUAUUGUCAAUUGUAAAAUAAUAUCAAAGCUCAUUGAAUGUUGGAAAACUAAUAAGGAAAUAGAGUCUGCUGAAAAAGGUCGUCGUUUGGGUUACAUGGGUCAUUUAAUAAACAUCUUCAAGUACAUUACACAGAGUAUAUCAGAAUCGAAACAUAUCGGUGCCUUAAUUGAGAGCAAUCUCAAAGACGAUAAUGAACGCGAUUUGUGGCAAUCCAUUGUCAAUGCAACUGACGGUGACCUAACAAAGGCUUUGAAUACACAGAGUAAAUUAUUAGCCAAUCACGAGCCCUGUAAUGUAUAUAAUAAUGUGUCAAUGUCAAUGGAUUUCUUUACCGACAAUAUGUCAGACGCUUUUAAUGAUUUGUGCACUCUUAUGGACUCAUCUGACACAGAUGUAAUUUUUACACUUGAUUACAAUACCCAACAUGAUGAUCACGAUUAUGAUGACGAUGAUGGUGAUGAUGAUUAUAAUAAUAUUGAUAAUGAUAAUAAUGAGGGCAAAGAUAAAGACCAACGCAACGAUGAUGUGAAAAAUGCUCUAAAUUUGUUUCAGUUCGGACCCACCAACGAAGAUGAUGAAGGCGACGAAGACGAUAAUGCAGCAGCAUCUUUUGAGGGUGACGGUGGUCUAUCGUUCUAUGUCCAACCUCAAGUUAAUCCUUUCGUGGAGGAUCCUUGGAAAAACUGUGAGGAUGCCGACGAUAUGGUGUUUGAUCUAUUUAGAACGAAGAAAUCGGAAAAAGGUUCAGCUUUUGCCGACUUUGAGGCAUACUUCGGAAUGGGCGAUUCAUCCACAUUACACCCAACUGAAGCUAUAGCCCCCGAUGUAGACGUUGCUGCUGCUGCUGCUGCUGCCGCUGCCACAACUAGUUCGGAGGAGUAUGACAAUAAUGCUAAUGUAGAAAAGUCAUCAUCGUGGAGUGGAGAUUUCACAUCAUUCCAAAUUCCCAAAAAAGACACACAAUACACCAGCAAUUUCGUUGAUGAUUAUGAGGAUGACGAAGGUAUGUGGACAAAACCAUUGGGAUCUUCCGCCUCAACUGCGACUGUUGAACAGUUGGAAACAGAAAAAUCGUCCGAACCGACAAACCAAACGGAUGAGUGUAAAACGAACAUGCUUACCAACGGCCCCUGUAUGUCGGAAGAAGGUGAACAUGUGCCAGAAGUAACAUCACUGAAUCAACUGAAUAAUUCAAUCGAAGACAACACAUUAGUUGAUCCAUCCGCUGAAGACAUCACAUCAAACGAAAUUAAAGAAGAAACGGCUAAAGAAAUCAACAAUGAUUUGAAAGAUGAAGAAGAAGAAACAACAACGUCCAAGCACAAAUCACCUACACUCGAUACUAAGGAUACUGAAACUGAAAAUACAAACACAACCACAACCACCACUACUAACCAGUUGACCAAUACAGCGACUGCUAACGAAGAAGUAUCAGACGGUUCUAACACAGCAACUACAACGUAAAAAAGAAGAAAAAACACUUUCACUGGAGAAAAAUCUACAAAUAAAACAAACACACAAUAUAUUAAAUAAAAGUCACUAUCGCACAUUCGAAAUUGGAAAAAUCUAUCCAUUAGGUAAAGAGCAAACAAAAAAAAAUAAAAAAUAAGAAAAAAUACAUAAAAAUAACAAAAAAACACUUCUCAAUACACCUUAUAAUUGUCAAUAUAGUUUGUUUUUCUUUAACUUUUUCUCAGCCAACCAACAGCAUUUCAAACCAAUAACUAUACUAUAGAAUAUAUAAGUGCAUCUAAUCUAAUUUAAUUAAAUUAAGUUUUUUCUUUUUUGUUACAAAACUGAAAAUCCGAUCAUUUGUAUUGAAAUGCAAUAGCAACUUCAGCUGAGAAAAAGUUGAAUAAAAACAAUAAUUGUAAUUAAAACAUAUUGUUUAGUUAGAGUUUUGUCAAAUAAUCAAUUCAUAUUAUUAACCCGCCCAUUCUUCCUCUUUAUACUUAAAUAUUUAAUAAACAAAACAAAACAACAAAUUAAAAGAAUUAUUGUUAUAAUUAUGCAUAAUUAAUAUUAAAAAUAUUAUUCGUUAGGCUUAUUUAGUACAACAAACAAUUUGUGUAUUAAUAACCGCCCAAAGUAUAUAAAACAAAACAAAUUAUAACACAAAAUACAUACAAAAAAAAACAAAAAAAAACAAAUCCAUCUUAUCUUCUUUAACAUUAUUUAAAUUUUAAAAGAGUGUUAUAUACAUAUACAUAAAUUAUGAAAAAUAUCCUCGCUCCUAUUGCCAAUUAUAUUUCAUUUGGUUUUUUUUUAAUUUAUAUUUUAAUUUCCUUUGUAGUAAUGUUUUUUGUUUGUUUCUUAUUUAGUUGAACAAAUUAAUUAAUUAAAUAUAAUACAAUACAAUACAUACAUAUAAUUUCACAUACCCACACUUAUAUACAUACAUAUUUAAAUCUAUAGUAUAUAUGUAUACAUACAGUAGCCCAAGAAAGUCUACAUACAGGAAAAAUUAUUAUGUUACUUUAAUUUAAAGCAGUUUUUUUUAUGAUAUAUAUAAUAAUACAUGUCUUAUGUCGAUCAAAUAACGCCCAAAAGUUCACCGUUGUAAGAGUUAUUGAUUCUGAGUAAAAUAACGAAAAAAAUUAUUCUUGGUCACGCAUAUUUUUGGAUGGGCGGGGCUAUUAACUUUCAUAAUAUUUUGAACAUUAAAGCCCAAAAAACCAAAAAAAAAUGUCGUUAUUUGACUCAGAAUCAAAAAUUCUAAUAACGGUGAAAUUUUGGACGUGAUAGGAAAUGUAGCUAAACCCGACUUAAGUGAUGUUGUUUUAAUUUUUUUAAGUGUAAAUUUAUUUUUUUAACAAAUAUAUUUCAUUACUUUUAAAUUACAAAUACAGCUUUCAACGAAAGAAAUUGAAUUUGAAUUCCUGUAUGUAGACUUUAUUGGGCUACUGUAUAUAUGUAUGUAUAUAAUUUAGUUACAUAUUUUUUAUACGCUUAAAGCGAAGUAUGUGCUGCUCACUUAAAUUAAAACAAAAAAAAAAAGAAAGAAAACAGAAAAAAAUUAAAAAAAAAUAUUACAAAACUACAUUUAAUAAUUUUGUUUAAUAAAACGAAAAUUGUAAAUCAAACUAAA